CGAGUGUGCAGUAUGCAUGUCGACCAUUGCCGUGUAACCCUCUUAAUAACCUGACUGAAAUUUAAGUGAAGAUUGCACAUGGAUUAUUGACAUAUUUCAACACGUUUUUACUUUUUAAAUACUCUUUGGUAGUAUAUAUAUAAAGAGUUAAUCUUUCUUCGUACAGAUUCACUCAUACAGUAAUAAAAAUGGUGUUAUCGUGUCGAUUUUACAAAGAAAAAUAUCCAGAAGUGGAAGAUGUAGUAAUGGUAAAUGUACGUAGUAUAGCUGAGAUGGGAGCAUACGUACACUUAUUGGAGUAUAAUAAUAUUGAAGGUAUGAUUCUGCUGUCUGAAUUGUCCAGAAGACGUAUCAGAUCCAUUAACAAACUCAUUAGGGUAGGAAAAACUGAACCAGUUGUUGUUAUUCGAGUUGACAAAGAAAAAGGUUACAUUGAUCUUAGCAAACGUCGUGUAUCAGCUGAAGAUGUAGAGAAAUGUACAGAGAGGUAUGCGAAAGCAAAGGCUGUUAAUUCAAUUUUAAGACAUGUAGCAGAAUUAUUACAAUAUGACAGUGAUGACCAACUGGAAGAAUUAUAUCAAAAAACAGCUUGGCAUUUUGAAGAAAAAUAUAAGAAGCAAAAGGCAUCUGCUUAUGACUUCUUUAAACAAUCAGUUCUGGAUCCAUCUAUUUUAGCAGAAUGUGGUCUUGAUGAACACACAAAGGAAGUGUUACUCAAAAAUAUUAAGAGAAAAUUGACUUCUCAGGCAGUUAAAAUUAGAGCAGAUGUAGAAGUAGCUUGUUAUGGUUAUGAAGGAAUUGAUGCAGUUAAAACUGCAUUAAAAGCUGGCUUAGCCCUUUCUACUGAUGAACUCCCAAUAAAAAUUAAUUUAAUUGCACCACCAUUAUAUGUAAUGACAACAUCUACACCAGAAAAGCAAGAUGGUUUAAAAGCAUUGAAUGACGCUAUUAAUGCUAUACAGGGUAAAAUAACAACACUUGGAGGUGUAUUUAACGUUCAAAUGGCUCCAAAAGUUGUUACUGCAACGGAUGAAGCAGAAUUGGCUAAACAAAUGGAACGAGCUGAGCUUGAAAACGCAGAAGUAGCCGGUGAUGAUAACGAAGAAGAAGUGGAAGGAAUGGAUGGUUUUAGCGGCGAAGAAGAUGCGGAAGAUGAUAAAAAACCCGAAAAUGACUCUCAAGAAGAAGAAUAAACUUAAGAAAAGAUUUAUAUAUUCUUUUCUCAUGAAAUGACAAUUAUUUCUGAGUCAUGUCUUAUUGGACACAGAAAAUUUCAAAUAAAAAUAGAAAAUGAUGUAUUAUAA